GCAAGAAGAACUUCACCUAGCCUCCUGGCAACAGGUCACGAUGCCCAUUUAUCUACCGCGACAUGCAACUGCACAAGCAUCACGGGCUGCUAGAUUCACGAGUUACUAAGAAAUAUGCCCACCUCCCUUUCGAUACCGAGGCCACAUAGAGGGUGCCAUGGCCACCACUAUCUGCAGCCCCACAGAUAUCCCCGAAGUCGAUGCUCCGUUAUAUCUCCGGCCAAAACACCACUACGCACGGCUCUCUUCUUCCCCGGUUUGGGUGCCCUCACCCUUAACUUCACCUUACCUUCUAACCGCUUCUGCUCACAGGCCAUGGGGUUCAGCGCAUAGGAAUGGCAAGUCCAUGGCUUGAGAUGUUUCCCAAAAUAUCCAACAAAGUCAUGAGCGAGGUGGACUCCACCCUGGGUUUCCCAUUGUCUCGGAUCAUAUCCCAGGGCCCCAACUCGGAGCUCAAUAAGACCGAAAACUCGCAACCUGCGAUCAUGGCUACAUCGGUGCUGAUACUCCGGAUACUAGAACACGAGUUCGGCUUCAAUGCAGAUACGCUAGUAGACGUUACCCUCGGCCACAGCUUGGGCGAGUUCACUGCUCUGGUUGCCGGGAAUUACCUUGAUUUUGGGGAUGCGCUAAGAUUAAUCAGACGACGUGCCGAGAUCAUGUCCCAAUGCACGAAGAAGGCCUUCGAAACAACGGGAGAUGAAUAUGGCAUGGUGGCUCUUGUCUGCGAGCCUGAUCAUUUCCCGGAAUUGCUGGAAGCCAUUCAUGACUUUCUUGGGCUCGCGAAGCCAGCAUUGAAAGACGACAUUGAUCAUGGGGCUUCAGUGUUCCAGGAUGUCAUGAUUGCAAAUAUAAACUCUAAUAACCAAAUCGUACUUAGCGGCAGUGUUGCAAGAAUCAGGACUCUGAUAGUCCAGCUCCGUCAAUUUGGGGGCCAUGAUCCUCGCGCGGUGAAAUUAAAAUGCGAGAGUCCGUUCCACAACCCUAUUAUGGCACCAGCUGCUGACUACAUGAGGCAUGCCCUGGAGAAUAUUAACGUCAGAUUUCCCACACAUAUGCAAUUCGUAUCAAAUGUUUCAGGUCUGCCGAUUAGUUCAAGAGAGGAAUUGAAGGCUCUGCUCUCUCGGCAAUGCGUUGAAACUGUUAGGUGGUGGGAUAGCAUUCGAUAUCUAGAUCAGAUUUACGGUGUGACACGCUGGAUUGGAAUAGGGCCAGGGAAAGUUGGCAGAAAUUUAGUGGGCAAGGAAGUUGGCAAGAUCAUGGUCAAGGGUGGCGGUGUCUGGUCCAUCUGCGAUCCUCGGGAGCUGGAGGAUAUUCUAGGUGAUUUGGAAAGAUCGGGUACCGAUGCCUAAUACCAAAGUUCUCACAAU